UCCCGCCGUCUCUUUCCGCCACUCUGCAGCCAUCUCUUUCGCCUCCAGCCCCCAGCCCCAGAGAAGAGUCCUUCGAUCGAUCCACCGCGCACUGACCUCCGCCGAAUCGUUUUAAAUACCCCAAAACGGUCGGAUUUCGGUGCGAUUUGGCGAUUUGCAUGUCGCUGCCAUAGUUAAAGUAUAAAGUUCAUUUCGGCUGUGGACAUAAACCAGAAGAUCGUUAUGCUCCAGAGACGAUGAUCUAUAUGGGCGCCGUGUGUGUUGUUGCUGGCUGCUUAAUUGUGCGCUGGCGUUUAAAUAAAAAUAAGUGCGUUUAAAUGUGAAAACAAAAGACUAGCACACGUUGCCAAUCGAGAGGCCAGACAGUGUCGGCCAAUAAAUCAUUUUCAAGCACCAUUCCGCCCUAUCUCGAGUGUCGAUCAAUAAGGAAGAACUUGGGCAACAAACUGGAGUACAGAAAAAGUGUACAAAAAGAAAACCAAACAAGAUAGAGUGCGAAAAGUGGCCCACAACAAAUGACUCGUAAUGCAAUGCCUGGGCAAUUAAUUAGUGCAUAAACAGCUAAAUUAAGCGCCGUAAAAGUUGGGGCCGCACACACGAUCGCGCCUUCACUCUCUCGAGAAGUCGGGCUCUGAGUUUUCCACCCUCGAUGUGAGCGGCUGGAAAAUGUAACUGGCAGCCACGAAAAUUAUGACGCAAAGUGCCGAAAUCGGUCCGCAGCCUGAGGAAUAAUAUAUUUGCAAUUUAUGCAACAGUCGUCGCGGUUGCAGCAACAAAGAGCGAUUAGUGUACUCGCGCACCACAAUAGCCAGCAGAAAAGGCCCAGGAAACCGCCGUCGUCAUCAGCGCAUCGUUAUGAGUGUCUCCGCAAUUGGAUCUAAUCGCCACCGUCGUCUGGCUUUAAUGGUGUUGACCACCUUGUGGCUGCUAAUCGAUGCCACCGGCCCGAAGUCCGUCAGCAUUGAGCUGCGUCGCAAGAGGAGCCUGCACUACAACGGCCUUGAGCUGGACGAGAACACUCUACUGGGCCAUCUGAGGGAGCACGAGAGGGCCCUGAUCUUUGGCUCACGAUCUGCGGAAGAGGCGCCCGAAUUCAAGCUCGUGCACUUGGCGCAACAGCAGCGGCAGGAGGGCAGUCCCCGAGACGAGGAUGGAGCACAGUUGGCGGCCGAGGAGGAUCGGGAGGGGAACCCCCUAAAGCGACGUCAGCGCCGCAGCCUGCCCGCAGAAGAUGACGAGGAGUCGCCGGCGGAGAAGGGGCAGGAGUCAGCUGGCGCGGGGGAGGCUGGGGAUGCAGUGGAGGCCCGGCUGCAGCUGCAACAGUCGCCGCAGCUAAUCGACGACGCCUUCAUCUUCAUCCGCCGCACCGAAAACGGCACCCAGUUCGUGGAGCACUCUCCGCAGCUCCUCAAGCGCCUGGAGCGAUGCUUCUACCGGAGUCCGGCUGCUGCUCUCGAUCUCUGCGAGCCCGGCAACGUGCGCGGCGUGUUCCAGCAGAAUGGCAGUGACCUGGUGAUCCAUCCGCUCCCCUCGCGCUUCGGCACCGGGACACAUGUGCUCUACCAAGCGAGGGUGGACAAGAGCGGUGGCUACAGUGGGGCCUCGUCAAGGCGAACGGCGCCACCGUUAGACAGCCAACUGCAGUUCGAGCCCGAUGCGGAGGAGUUCAACGAACCGAGGCGACGAUGGCGGGCCCAGACUCACUCCCAGUCCCUGUUGAGACUACGCUUCCAGCCCAAACACCACCAUCACCCUCAUCCACAUCAUCAUCAAAGAAGGCGACGCUAUAUUGGGGGCCCUCCGCGCAACCGCUGGUCGGACAUCCCGGAGGAACUCUUUAUAGAGACAGCCAUCUUUGUGGACAGCGAUCUCUAUGCCCAUAUGCAGCGCAACUUUCCCACGAACACGGAGAGCAAGGUGGUCAGCUUUCUGCUGGCCAUGAUUAACGGCGUCCAGUUGCUCUACCAUCACCCCACCCUGGGACGUCGCAUAAACUUUGUGCUGAAGCGUCUCGAAAUCUGGAAAUCCUGGGAUCCGCCGGGCCUGGUUCGCUCCAGGGAUGUGGAAAAUUACCUGAACAGCUUCUGCAAGUGGCAGGAGAAACUGAAUCCCUUCUCCGAUGCCGAUCCCCUGCACUACGACCAUGCCCUGGUCCUGACGGGUCUCGACCUGGUGACCUAUGAAAAGGGCAAGGCCAAUAGCCAGGUGGUGGGCAUGGCCACGGUCAAGGGAAUGUGCACCUCCAUUUACUCCUGCACGAUCAAUGAGGCCAAGCACUUCGAGAGCGUCUUCGUGGUGGCCCACGAAAUUGGACACAACUUGGGCAUGAGGCACGAUGCCAAGGAGAUCAGCUGCGACCCCACCAUGCACAUCAUGUCCCCCAAGUUGGGCAGUGGCAAGGUCACCUGGUCCAAGUGCUCGCGCACCUAUCUCGAGGAUUUCUUAAUGGAUCCCCAGGCAGAGUGCCUCUUCGAUCGGGAUCAGUUCGUGGGUCCCUGGGAUCACACUGCUGGCGGGCGUCUUCCUGGUGAGCGCUUCAAUGCCAACCAGCAGUGCAUGUUGCGCUUCGGGAAGAACUUCAUGCAGGCCAGCACCCAGAGCAAGAUGGAAAUCUGUCGGGAUCUACACUGUCGCCAGGAUGGACUGCCCUGGACCUCGCAUCCUGCGUUGGAGGGCACCGAGUGUGGUGCUAACAUGUGGUGCCGCGGUGGCUCCUGUGAGGCUCGUUCCUCCAGGCAGGGCAGCUACUCGGCCCUCAAAGCCUGGCCACCCGAACACGUUCCGGAAGCCACCCACGAGAAGAUCAUCAGGCACGAGCCGAACAGGAUAGCCCCGCAGCUGAACGACUACAACCUCCUGGGGAACGAGCUGCCCGGGUCGCCAUCGAACUGGGGCGAAUGGAGCGAGCCGAGUGCCUGUGAGUCCGGCUGCCUGUACGGGCAGUCGCGCCGCCUCCUGGAGGGCAGCACCGGACUGCGAACCUUCAACAGGAGCUGCUUGAACUUUCCCUCGCGCUGCAUUGGCCGGGACCGGCGCUUUGUGACCUGCAAUUCGCCGCAGUGCCACAAGGUGCCGGUGCAGACGAUCGGCGACUUCGCCAGCCAGGUGUGCAUGCAGGCGAGGAAGUCGGACCCGGAUCUCACCGGCGAGGGCCAGCAGCUGAGCAGCACGCUGGACGCCUCGUGCAAGAUCUUCUGCCGCACCAAAACCAAUGGCACCAAGUCGCGGCGUUGGACCUUUCCGGACGGCACCACCUGCCAAUCGAAGCAGCACAACCCGGAGGACAUUACCUACUGCAUUUCCGGGCGAUGUGAGCGCUUCUCCUGCGACAAUUCCACAUCCAACUUCUUCAAGAUGGACAGCAACUUCUGCCAGGCGAGAUCAGUGCGCCCGACCAGGGACUCCUCCGACCAGGAGAGCAGGCAGCACACCUCCAGCCAACGAUAUGCGGAGAGGCAGGAGGGGAAACCCCCUAAAAAUCACUAUGAGAAUGAGGUGGCCAAGCGCCCUGCCUAUGGCCAGGGCAACCAUAUCAACGCUCCUUCAUCGCCGUACAAGAGGAGGACCUACCACAAACCGUAUGCCCCGGAGAUAUCGCGGCCCCCGCCACCCGCCUCCGCUUCUCUGAUCGCCCUCGAUCGCAGCUCGUCCUCGGAAUCGGAGUGGGUGGUGCACCCCGGCUGCCACUCCAACUGCAUGACCGACUCGAAGGGCGUACAGGGGGUCACCUCGCGGCUGACCGGACUGGAUACCAUCCAGCUCUGCUCGUACCGCAUCCAGCCCUGCGAACGCCUCCAGACGGCUGCGGAGUUUGCGGAGCAGACCUGCGCCCGGUAUCGCCAGAAGGUGCGCGGACUGUCCGGCCACGGAGCCCAGAUCUCGGCCAGCAUCGAUGAGCCGGACCGCAGCUGCCGCGUGGGCUGCCAGGACGAGUUCAUCAAGUACCGGUACUACCUGGUCAACGGCCGGAAUGGACACUUUCCGCCGGGCACUCGCUGUUCGCCAGUGGGCAAGAGGUAUUGCGUGAACGGCAAGUGCCUGGAAUUCGGCGAUGACGAUCUGCCGCUGGAGAAGAUCCACAUCAGCUUGGGGCAAAUAAGGACGCGGCGGAGAAGGAGUUUGCCCUCCAAUGAUUUGCUCAAUUUAACGGAGAUAAACAGCACUGUGAGCCUUAAUCAAGCACCUGUAGAUGUCUCCGCCGAAAACAUCGAAUUCACCCAACCCAUUCACGUCUCCGCAGACGAACUGAGUAGCAAAAGCCGAUAGCCCAAUAGCUUCCUGGCCACAAUUCCCCUUAGUCGAUUAAGUUCUAAGCUAGCUUAAGUUCAAGGCUGGCCACAAAAACUGCCCAUGAAGUAUAAACAUAUGAAAUAAUAAACGAUAAUAAGGUAUACAUAACGUU